GCUUCAUCUCUUUCCGCCUUCACUUCCAGCAGUUGCUCCUAUCGGCGCGUUUUGCAGGAACUUGCGGAGCCCUUCGCGCUCCAGCCGCCGUUGUUUUAGCCACAGGGGCGCCCGCGUAUAAUUUGGAGCGGUGGAGAAAAAAGCCAGCAACUCCGAUAUAUUGAGGAUAUUCGCUGAGUCUUUGCAUGUGACAAGCCAUGGAUGGAUUUUGUCAACUCUGCCUGUGAGCAGAUAAAACUGAUUGGCGGGGGGACUACGGCAAGCGGAUUCCUGAACAUAAACGUAGUUUCCACUCUUUGCUCGCUUCCUCCAAGCACCAGUUCCUUCGGUUACGUUGAGUCAUCUGGUAUUUGCGCACCGAUUUCCUUUCCUGAGAUACCUGUCUGAAGAUCCGCUGACGAUCCAGUAGCGACUGACUUCGUUGUUUAAAAAAGGAUGUUCUUCGUGAGUUCGUUUUUGCCCUGCACAAUUUGGAUUGUUCUAACCACAGGCGCGGAAAGACCAGUGUGAAUUUCAUUUUAAAUCAAAGUUUUGGUGGUUAAUUUAAAAAGCACAAAGGACGCUAAAGACAGUACUUACGUGUGGGAUUGUCUAACACCAUUCGGGAUGGAGAUUGUAGGAAUGUACCUGUUUCAGCUGGCUUUUAUAGGGUUCCUGCGGGAGGCGCUGUCGGCGGCGAAGGACUGCCUGCACGCGGGCGACUCCUGCUCCAGCGACGAGGCCUGCAGCCCGCGGCUGCGGACGCUGCGGCAGUGCGUGGCGGGCGACGGCAGCAUGAAGCUGGGCCCCAGCGCCCGCAGCCACUGCGAGAACGCCGUCAGCGCCCUGCUCUCCAGCCCGCUGCACGGCUGCCAGUGCAAGCGCGGCAUGAAGCGCGAGAAGAACUGCCUCAGCAUCUACUGGAGCCUGCACCAGUCCGUGCUGCACGGGCUCAGUUUGGUGGAGAGCUACCCUUACGAAGCUGUGGAGAAGGGCUUUGACUACGUCCGCCUCGCCUCCAUUGCUGCCGGAUCCGAGGUCGGCAUGACGACGGUGAACCGCUGCCUGGACGCGGCCAAGGCCUGCAACGUGGACGAGACGUGCCAGAAGCUGCGGACGGAGUACGUGUCGGCCUGCAUCACGCCCGGCGGCAAGGCCGCCGCCGCCACCGCCACGUGCAACCGGGCGCGCUGCAGCAAGGCGCUGCGCAAGUUCUUCGACCGCGUGCCGCCGGACUUCACGCACGAGCUGCUCUUCUGCCCCUGCACCGCCGCCGCCUGUGCCGAACGCCGCCGCCAGACCAUCGUGCCCGGCUGCUCCUACGAGGACCGGGACAAGCCCAGCUGCCUGGCGCAGCUGCGCGUCUGCAAGGCCGACUACGUCUGCAGGUCCCGCUGGGCUCAGUUCCAGUACGACUGCCAGCCCUCCGCCAACUCCGCCAACGGCUGCAAGCAGGAGAACUACGGAGCCUGUCUGCUGGCCUACACCGGCAUGAUCGGAAGCACGAUCACGCCCAACUACCUGGACAACUCCACCUCCAACGUGGCCCCCUGGUGCACCUGCACCGCCAGCGGACACCAGAGGGAGCAGUGCGCCGAAUUCCUGGCCUACUUCACCGACAACGUCUGCCUGAAAAAUGCCAUCACUGCUUUCGGAAAUGGGACAGACAUGAGUCCCACCCCCAACCAAGCGGGACAGCCCACCCCAAGCGGGCCUGAGACCCAAGAGCUCAACACCGCCACUGCCGCCCCCACCGCUGCCAUGGAAACGGACACCAGCGUCCUGAACGUGCUCAUACUUACGCAGGCCACGGAGAAGGACAGGUUUUGGGGCGACUCCACCCUCCCCUCCCACGGGUUCUCUGACCAGGCAUCUGGCCACGCCCCCGGCCACGCCCACUUCGCCAGCUGGAGCUGGCUUCUGCCUGCGCUGCUUGUGCUCUGUCACCACUAGAGGGUGCUACAGCAGCCUUGGAACUGGACUCCGUGGAGCAGCAGGGGUGGG